AUGUUGUGUUGUGUAUCAAACAGUUGUUUGAUUGAAUUUUAUAAGAAUCAAAAAAAAUAUAUUAUGAUCUCAAACGGUGCAUUAGAUGGUGAAAUGUAUGGAGUUUCACCAUUUCAACAAGGAAGAACAUUUAUGACACCACCACGUAAUCCACCAGUUUAUUAUAAUAAUUCGAGUUAUUCCCAACCAUCUAUGAUGACACGUGAUGGUACAUUAAAUAAUGCUGGUAGUAGUGCUAAUCCAAAUAAUACUAGUGGCUAUUUAUCUGAUCUACACUCACAUUCAGUACAAAGCAAAUUUUCACAUGCUAAUAGUAUGAUGGGUACAUCCCGUUUAGCACAUCUUGGUGUUAAUGGACCAUUUAGUAGUCUAGGACCAGUUUCCAGUCAUGUACGCAAAAGCUUACAAAUGACAAUUGAUGCAGCAGCCGUGGACAAUAGUGCACGCAUAUCGCCAGAGAAUAAUCUUGAUUUUUAUGCUUAUUCACAAGCGGCACCAUACAGUAUGCAACAAUUGACCGAUGAUGAUCUACUUAUUGGUGGUUCAAAUCGUGAUGAAAAAGAACGUACAAUACCACCUGAUAUGCCAUCUGUUCGACAAGUACGAUCUGAUUUUGCAUAUUUUAUGAGUGAUGAAUUGAGAGCUGAAUUACUUAGGCGUAAUCAGAUGUUAAUGGCAUGUGCGAAUCUUGAUGUAGCAGGAGCUAUGCCUGAACGUGUUGGUGAUUAUUAUAAUUUAAUGCCACUUGAUAGUAGUCAAGCAAAUGUUCCACAUAAAUCACGUACAUUUCGUUAUCAAACAAUAAGUUAUAAAGCAACACAUAUACGAACUAAUACUGUAUGUUAUUUAAAAAGAAUAAUGGGAUGUAAAUUACCAACAGCACGUCUUUAUGAAGUUGUUGAAGCAUGGAAAAAAAUUGUUCAUGCUAAUAUUGUACAAUUACGUGAAGUUUUUUUAACAAAAGAUUUUGACGAUGAACAACCUUCUAUUAUUUUCGCCUAUGAUUUUAUACCAUGUUGUGAAACGUUACAAAAACGGCAUUUUAGUUCAAAUAAUAGUCUACUUAAAGGUUGGGCUAAUCCAUAUAAUCUAUCUGGUGAAGAUCGUCCAUUUAGUGCCGGCAAAGGAACCAGUCAAACAGGUUUAUUAGCCGAAUCACUUAUAUGGGAAUAUGUUGUACAGAUGUCAUCAUUAAUUCGUACAUUACAUGGAGUAUCACUUGCUUGUCGAUGUUUAAAUUUAUCAAGAAUACUUGUUGAUGGUGAUUCAAAAGCAGGACGUGGAAAGUCUAGACUCUGGCUUAGUGGUGUAGGUAUUGCUGAUAUUCUUGAUGGAACUAUUAAUGGAACUGUUCAUCAACAUAUAUUAAAUGAUUUACAAGAUUUUGGUCGUUUAAUAUUAAUGUUAGCAUGUAAUUCAAUUGUAGGUGCACAAAAAGAACAUUUACAAACAUCAUUAGAAAUAGUUCAACGAAAUUAUUCACAUGAUCUUAAAAAUCUUAUUCUACACUUCCUAUUACCAUCGAAUACAUCAAAGCCAAAAACUAUUAAUGAAUGUAUGCCAAUGAUUGGUGCACGUUUUUAUGCACAAAUUGAUAAUUUACAUGUACGCGGUGAUAUUCUUGAAAAUGAAUUAGCUAAAGAACUUGAUUGUGGUCGUUUGUUUCGUUUAAUUUGUAAACUCGAUGCACUUCUUGAACGACCAGAACAUUCAAUGAAUCAAGUUUGGUCUGAAACAGGUGAUCGUUAUAUUUUGAAAUUAUUUCGUGAUUUUGUAUUUCAUUCAGUUGGUUUUGAUGGUGAACCAACCCUUGAUAUAGCACAUAUUGCCCAAUGUUUAAAUAAAUUCGAUGCAGGUUCACAUGAUAAAAUUUGUCUUACAUCACGAGAUGAACAAAAUGUUAUUAUUGUUAGUUAUUCUGAAUUACAUCAAGCAUUCGAACGUGCUUUUACUGAAUUAAUGAAUUAUGGAUCGACAGGAUCAUCUUGA